GUCAUCGACGACAGCGCUGUCGUCGGGUUCGGCUGGAACAUCUGAUUCCCCAAGGCGCACUGACAGAGUGCACCUCGAGCCAAUACACUCCCACCAACGUCACUUGAUCGACUUAGGACUCACACUUCUACUUGCACAAUGCUGUCCGCCUUCUCCAACGCUGCUCUGAGCGCUACCCGCUCUAGAGCUCCCAUGACUGUUCGCUCCAUCAGCAGCUCUGCCAUCGCCAGCAAAGACUUUGUGCAGGAGAUCUACAUCAAGGAGCUCAAGGCUUACAAGGCACCUGCCAAGUCUGCCGAUGCCCACAAGGGUCAAGUGCGAGACUUUCACGCUCCCAAAGCGCCACAAGCUCCCAGCGUCAGCACCUCUGACAUUUCCUCCGAGUUGGACGCCUACUCCAAAUCCGAGCCCGACGUGGCCGAAGCUUCUGCUUCUUCCUCCUCCUCUGGCAGCUUGCUCGAGAGCCACGAGGACGUGAAUGCGUGGCUCGAGGAGGCCAAGAAGCCCGUCGUCAAGGAACACCACUAGAGAGAGUCGAGCGCUACUACAGUGAAUCGCAACCGCCCUCGCUUCAUCGGACUCGGUACCGAGCAGUAAUGUCAUAGGAUCUGGCUUUUAGAGCGGCGCAUUUGUCUGCAUAGCAUCUGGGGAGCGUUCGCGUUACGCCCAAUCAGUCUGUGAAAGUGGAGUUGCGAUACAACGCAGCACCUCGCAAGACCAAUGCCGCCAUGCGAUGAGUUCCAGGGUGAUAAAAGUGCGAUCUCGAUGUCAGAAAGAAGUGCAUUCUCGAUCUCUCAGCAAUGGUUAGGGUUGUGGCAAAGAGAACAGGUGACGGCCGAUACUGAUAUAGCAAGUGUAGAGAGACGAGAGGAAAGGGG